AUGUUCUCUAACAAGUUUGUUGUGGAAGGUAAAUUGGCCGUUAUCACAGGUGGAUCUCAAGGACUGGGAUUUGCACUGGCUAAAAAAUUGGUUUCAAAAGGUGCCAAUGUCGUGAUCAUUUCCCGUACAGAAUCCAAAUUGACCAAAUGUGUCGCUGAACUGAAAAAACGGGUGGAGAAGGAGAACCAGUUUGUUGAUUACAUUGCUGCUGAUCUGUCCAAGUACGCAGAAUGCGAGAAGGUCCGCGAGUACUUCGUUGCUAAACAGCUGUAUCCAGACCAUCUUAUUUGUUGUGCGGGUGAUGCCUAUCCUGAGGAAUUCAUCAAAAUGCCUGUUGCCAAGAUCGACCAAGGUAUUGACGUGAACUACAAAACCGCAGUCUAUUUGGUUCACGCUAUGUUGCCCUUGAUUACAGAACCGGUUCGCGAACAGCACCUGGUGUUCUGUUCGUCGGUGGUUGCGUUCUACUCGUAUUACGGAUACUCUCAGUACACGCCUUUGAAAGCAGCUGUCAAGGCUUUGUCAGACAGUUUGAGACAAGAGCUUCUACCAUACGGAGUCAAGGUCCAUACUGUUUUCCCUGGAAAUUUCCAGUCCGAAGGAUACGCUGAGGAAAUGCUGACCAAACCUGCCCUUACAGCCCAAAUAGAAGGGCCAUCCCCUGCAAUCCCGGCCGACGAGUGCGCUAGUAUCGUGCUCAAGUCUCUGGAGAAAGGAAAACUCUAUAUCUUUACGGAUCUCAUUGGUUGGGUGAUUGCUUCCUUUAGUCUUGGAUUCAAUCCUCGUGAAUGGUGGUUUGCUCAGAUCUUUUUGAGCUUGAUCGGCGCCCUUUUCGGCAGGCUGAUCGAUCUCUACCACGAGAGUCUUGUGAGAAAGCAGUUCAACUCCGCCAAAAAGCAAAAAUGA